UGGAAUAAUAUUUGGCAUUGAGGGUUUGAAGAUUAAUUGGAUCUUUGGUAGGUUGGCGUUGUGGUUGGCGAGCUUUCUCCAAAGUUGUUUGAGAUUGCGUAGCCCUUUUCUUUGGUUUUCUCAACGAGUCGAGUCAUUUGUUCUUUUCCUGGCACAAUCUAUUGUUUUUUUUUGACUGAAUAUUGAUUGCAGUCUGAACUCUCCUCCAUCAAAAUGACGGACGGCACGAAUCCUACUACUCAAGAGGAAUUGACAGAGCCUUUGCUCCCUCAAGGAGACGAUGUGGAAUCAAUUCCCCCCGAAGAUGUCUGUGCCACGACGGACAAUGACGACACCAAUAACGACGACACUGGUGACGGCGACAACACUACAGAGUUUUCCUUCCAGAACGAGGUUGCGGAAAUGGUCAACCUGGGCAUUCCCUUGGCGGUCAGCUUUUUCUGUCGAAUGGGAAUGGCGUCUACCGAUUCUGCCUUUGUGGGACACAUUCACAAUGGUGACAAUUCACCGGAAGUGUACUUGGCCGCCGCCGUCUUGUCGGACAUGAUGGUCACGCUCUGUAUCACUCCGCCAUUGGCAUUCAAUCAAAUUGUCAGUGCCUUGGUUGGACAGGCCAUGGGGUCCAACAAUCCCAAAAUGGCCGGCAUUUGGUUGCAACAAUCCAUGUUCUGGAUCGCCGUCACAAUGACGCCCUGUUUGGUCGGGUUGUUCUAUGUACAGCCCUGUUUGGAGUUGCUCGGAUUCUCGCAUGAAAUCAGUGAGGUGGCGGGACAAUAUGCCAAAUGGAAUCUACUCUGGCCCGUCCCGAAUGGACUCUACCAAUGCCUCCGAUUCUACUUUCAGGCGUGUGGUUUCCCACGUCCCGCCAUGUACAACAAUCUCGCAUUCUUGGGCAUUAACACACUCUUGAACUGGAUCUUUGUCUUUGGAGGACCCAUCCCGGGUUGGAAUGGAUUUGGAUUUAUUGGGGCUGCCAUUUCCUUGUCCAUUUCCAGAACCAUGCAAGGAGUCUGCUAUUUCAUUUACAUGUUCCUCAUCAAAGAACACCACAAACAUGCAUGGCCCGAUGCCGGAUGGUCUUUUACCCAUCAUACCCGAGAACGAACCUGGGAAUUCCUCAAACAAUCCUUGCCGAACGUAGGAACAUUACUCUUUCAGGCCGUGUCGUCGCAGGCCACCACAGUCUUGUUGGGACGGUUGGGAGAUGCCGCCAUUGCGGCGAGUUCGGCGUUGAGCACGGUGACGAUUCCCUGGAGUGGUACCAUGAGUGCCACGUGUGGUAUGGUCAGUGGCGUUCGUGUGGGGUAUCAUUUGGGGAGAGGGGAUGGUGAGGCGGCACGACGAGCGUCGUGGCUCAUGAUUCACUUUAUCACCGUCAUGUGCAUCUUGACAUCCAUUGUAUUUAUCCCACUCAAACGACAAAUUAUGAUGAUUGCAACCGACGACGACGAAGUCAUUGAUUUGGCGGUCAAGGUCGUCGCGGCCAUGUUGGUGGGAAACUACCUCAAUCUGCUGGUUGGUAACAUUACGUCCGUCUUUGGCGGACAGGGACGACCUUUGAUUGCUACGAUCUUGUCCUUUGGCCUCGAAUUGCCAACGUCCAUUGGUGGCAUGGCGAUUGUCAUUUUGGUACUACACGGCAAUCUUAUCGGUGUAUACUGGUGGAAUGCUAUUGCUGGUGGUAUUGAAGCCGUGAUUGUGGUGUGGCUCUUGACCCGAUCCAACUGGGCCAAGUGUGCCGACGAUACCCAACGGCGUCAGGAAGCAGACAGCAACGAAGAGGAGGAGGACGCCGCCACAGAACCGGAAUCAUCCUUGGAACGUCCAUCCGACGAAACUAGCAGCAGCGACGAGGGCGACAGCCCAGAAACUCCACUGAUAGAGCGAGUUUGA